AUGGAAUAUUCAUGCAUUGGAUUAAAUGAUUUACCUGAUGAAAUUCUUAUCAUUAUUUUCAAAAAACUCAAUAAUCUAGAUGUACUUUAUUCUUUACAAGGUGUCAAUCAACGACUAAAUCAUAUUAUUUACGAUCCAAUUUUUACAAGUCGUUUAACUUUUGUUAAACGGUUAUUACAUAAUUUUAUCGAUGUAUUUCAUUGUAAUAUGGUACUUAAUCGAUUUUGUUUACAAAUUUUACCUGAAAUUCAUGAUAAAAUCAAAUGGCUUGAUCUUGAAUCAUCAUCUAUGAAAUAUAUUUUACAUGCUGCUCAUUAUCCUAAUUUACAUACUCUUGGUCUUUACAAUAUUAAUCAAGAAUCAGCUCAAUGUCUUUUUACUGAUGAAAUUCUUUCAUCUGGUAUUUUCAAAGAUCAGAUUACAACACUUAUUCUUACCAUUGAUAAUAAUAACAAUGAUGAUUAUGAAGAAAUGUUAUUGUCAGCAACAAACAUAUUUGAUUAUAUUUUCACUGUUUUCACCAAUCUAAUUCAUUUGAUAUUUUAUGAAUCAUCGUUUAAAAAUCGUGUUCCAUUAUAUUUUGCUGAUCCACCUUCUCAUACAUUUCGUUCUUCAACUCUUUUAAGAUUAAAUGUUAGACUAGAAUCUUUUAAUGAUUGUCUUUAUCUUCUUGAUGGUCGUUUUAAUCAACUUCACACACUUUAUGUUGAUUUGACUCAUAUUCAGCGUUCAAAUAAGAUCCAAAAUCAAGGAGAUUUAUCAAAUCUAAAAUAUUUUCAUUUAUCUUGUAAUCAAGAAACAUUUGAUUACUAUAAAGUAAUCUUACCACUUCUCUAUCGAAUGUCAAAUCUAGAAAAACUCAGGUUGUAUCUUGUGAUAUUUUUUAAUGAUACAUUUAUUGAUGGAAAUCAUUUGAAGAAAAACAUUAUUUAUCGUGUACCAAACUUAAAUCAAUUUAUAUUUUAUAUUCGUUCAUUGAUAUAUACUGGUAAUAAAUUAAAUCUGCCAUCAACUGAAGAUAUUCAACGUAUAUUUAUGGAUUUUCAAUAUAGUGAAAUUAUUUCUUAUGUUGAUUAUUUUCCCGAGACAAAAUACGGUCGAUGUCAUAUUUAUUCAUAUCCAUUUUUAAUGCCAUAUUACGUUGAUAUUACAAAUAAUUUUCCAGGUGGAUUAUACAAUUAUGUUUGUGUAGUGUCAUUACGUGAUGAAUAUCCUUUUGAACAUGAUUUUUUUCUUAGAAUUGUUCAAUCAUUUCCAUGUAUAGAAGAUUUAACGGUGACUAAUAAUAAACCACAAAAUCGAAAACAAUCUUAUGAAUCAAACAACGUUAAUUGUUAUUCAUCUAUUAUUAAAUAUUCUUUUCUUAAUGAACUUGAUCUUCUCGAUGUUCAUGAUGAUUAUAUAGAAGAAUUUCUUUUUGAUACUAAAAUAUAUUUUCAAGAUGUUUUUCUUCGUAUUAAAUGUGAAUCUUUACAACGAAUAACACAAAAUUUUACAAGAGAUGCUACAAGAAUUAAUUGUACUAAAAUAAAUGAAUUAGAAUUAAGUGGUGAACCAUUAUGUUCAGAUUCUUUACAACAAUAUUUUCCUCAUGCAAGAAUAAAUUAUGACUUACUUGGAGCAUAUGAUGAGCCAGUGGCAGGUCCACCAAUACUUAAUGAACCAGUGGCAGGUCCACCAACAAGUGAUGAACCAGUGGCAGAUCCACCAACAAGUGAUGAACCAAUGGCAGGUCCACCAUCAAGUUUACGAAUUUAUAAUGAAAAGAAAAAACGAUAUUGUAAUAAACGAUAUUUUUGUUAUUGUUGUUUAGAAUAUGAUUGUAAUGAUGAAUUAUAA